AUGAAUAAAUCGUUUUUGCUACGAAAGUACUUCUUCUCUGUUGAUUUUAACUUCUGCUUAAUACUUUCUUUGUAUCAGUAUUCCUAUACCAUUUUGAUAGCAUUCAAAUAUCGAUCCGUGUUUAACGCCUUCCCGUACUUCAAUGUGGUUCAAUCGACAGUUUUCGAAGACGCAUUUUAUACCGAUAAACACUUGGUGGUGUGUGCUCCAACUGGAUCAGGAAAAACAGUUAUUUUCGAACUGUGCAUAGUGAGACUGCUCAUACUUGUUUCAGACUUAGGAAAUGCUCUCUCCAGAUAUAAAGUCGUUUACAUGGCGCCCGUGAAGAGCCUCUGCCACGAGCGUUUUGAAGACUGGCGGCAGAAGUUUGAGUGUCUGGGAGCAUCGUGCAUGCAGCUCACGGGAGAUACCGAGAAUGAAGACUACUUUGAGUUGCAAAAGUACACCAUCAUCCUCACCACGCCUGAAAAGUGGGACAGUAUAACAAGACUAUGGAAAAACAACAAAAACCUCGUACAGACAGUCAAGUUGCUUCUCAUAGAUGAGAUUCACCUUUUGAAUGAAGAGGAGCGUGGUGCCACCAUGGAAGCUGCUCUCAGCCGGAUGAAAACCAUCCAAAACGUCUUGCUCGGCGAGGCAAGGGGAAAACCAGGCGCCCAAGAACCCUCUCUGAGGUUCGUUGCCGUCUCCGCCACAUUUCCGAACGCCGAAGAUGUAACUGAAUGGCUUGGAAUGGACAACUGUAAAGGAGUGGCUUACAAAAUGAAUGACAAUUUGAGACCAGUUCAUUUAAGAAAGGUCGUUCUGGGUUACCCAUGCUCUGACACGCUUUCCGAAUUUCGCUUUGAUCUGAACCUUUCUUAUAAACUAGGACAUGUGAUCCAAAGUUAUUCUGAAGGAAAACCGACGCUUGUGUUUUGCGCCACUAGGAAGAGCGUUAUCCAGACUGCCUGCAUCCUGGCUAAGUCAACCCAUUUCGUUAAUAAUGCAGCACACAAGCAACAAUUAAUAGAUGUUGCCAACUCAAUGCAUGAUACUAAGCUCAGAGAAUGCCUACUGAACGGCAUCGGAUUUCAUCAUGCGGGUCUCAGCGUUUCCGAUCGACGAAUGAUUGAAGAAAUGUUUGUCUCAGCUCGGUUGCAUGUCCUUAUAUCUACAAGUACUCUGGCUAUGGGUGUCAACUUCCCCGCUCAUUUGGUUGUGAUCAAAUCGACGGCGCAAUAUGCCGCAGGAAGCUAUAAGGAAUAUUCGGAAACGCAAUUGCUGCAAAUGAUUGGUAGGGCGGGAAGACCACAGUUUGAUUCCAGCGCAACCGCAGUGAUAAUGACAAAGAACAAAUUGAAGGAAAAAUAUGAAAAUUUGGUGUCUGGAAAACAACUUAUUGAAAGCAGCUUGCAUAAGCAUAUUGUAGAGCAUUUGAAUGCAGAGAUUGUUUUGGGAACCAUUACAGAUACUUCAAUAGCUAUGGAAUGGUUGAAAGCCACCUAUCUUUAUCAAAGAGUUUUCAAGAAUCCUAAACAUUACGGAAUCAAUAUGGAAUUAUCCAAAGGAAAAAUCGAAAGGAAACUUCAAGAUAUGUGCCUCAAAGAGUUGAAUGGUUUAAGGAAAUACAAACUUAUUUACAUGGACGAUGACAGCUUCGAUCUUCGACCAACUGAUACUGGAAAGCUAAUGGCUAGAUAUUAUCUUGCCUUUGAAACUAUGAAGAGUUUCUCUACUUUAACUGGAAAUGAAAAUUUGCCCGAAUUGCUCGCUUUGGUUUCUUCUAGUAAAGAAUUCGAGGAUAUUCAGCUCAGAGUGAACGAGAAAAAAUUCUUGAAUGAUCUUAACAAAAGUAAAACGACAUCGAUACGGUUUCCUCUUCAAGGAAAAAUCAAAACAAGAGCAAUGAAAAUCAAUUGUUUGACUCAAGCAACGUUUGGAUGUUUGCCUAUUUCGGAGCCUGCUUUUAACCAAGACAUAGCCAAAAUAUUCAGAAGUGGAAUACGAGUCGCUCAAUGUUUGGCAGAAUAUCUGACAUUUGAUACCAAAGGUUUUUCGAUUCUAUACAAUGCCGUUCUGCUAGCUAAGUGUUUCAAGGCUCGAUUGUGGGAAAACUCCAAGCACGUGGCCAGACAACUCGACAAAAUAGGUGUUACAUUGUCCACUGUACUAGUCAACGCAGGUAUUAGUUCUUUUGAAAGUUUGGCGAACACAAAUCCCAGGGAACUCGAGCUGAUCCUGAACCGGAAUCCUCCUUUUGGUUCCAUUUUGAUUGAUAACGUUAAACAUUUACCUAAUUAUGGAAUCGAAGCUGAACAGAGUUUCAGUAACAAAAGUGCUUGUGCUUCCAUUUGCAUCAACGUAUUCAUCCGUAACAGAGAUGACUUGCUGGAAAGAAGAACCACUUACGACCACCAUGGAUGCACUUUGUUGGUAGGCAACGAGGACAACAAUAUCAUACUGAUUAAGAAAAUCAAAGAUUUCCAGCUGCUCGAGAUGGGUCUGUGGUCCAAGAGGCUGGAAGUCCCCAGAGCCCAAAAAGGCGACAAUCUGCAUAUUCAUUGGAUUAGUGAUUCUUAUGUGGGCUUGGAUGUUCACAAAUCCUUCGUGAUUCAGUAUGAUGCUAAGAACUUGCACGUCAUAACUAAAGAAACCGACAAUAAAAUCCUCAGAAAUAUUCACCAAGUUGAUAAUUCCACGAAUGAGAACCAAAGAGCUUGUUAUCAUAAAUGCCUGAAUAAAAUAGCUUGUGGCCAUUUCUGUUGCAAAACUGGAGUUCAAGUGCAUACCACUGUUCCUAAAAAAACUAAAGUUGAGAACUUCAUGGAUCAGCUGCACAACAAGAUGAACGCAUUUCCAUCGAAAAAAGUCAAGUUAGAAAGUGAAACAAAAGAAAAGUUCCUUGAAACAACUUCUAAUAGUCUUUGUAAGCAACUCCCAGAAGAAUGUUUAACCCCCUCCUUAGAUGAAGAAUGGCUUGAAGAAAUGAUUAUGGAUGAAGACAUCACAGAAGAUGUACCUGCAGAAGAAAAUAAUGAUUUAGAAACAAUUUCUUUUGAUUUAAAUCUUGAUGGAAUGACAAAUGAAGAUAUGUUAUCAAAUGAUACAGAAAAUGUAGAUGAGAAACAGAAUGAAUCAACAACACCAGCAGUAUCAAGUUUAAAUAUGAAUGCACAACCUGCAAUCGAGCAAAGAGAAGUCUGGCCAAAGGAGAAAUGGAUAGAUCCAGUAGCAGCAGGAGAACUUUUAGAAUAUUGUGUAAAUUUCCUAUCUGGAAAAUGUGAAUAA